UGUCGUCACUAGAGCAUGGAGGACAGAAGAUGAACACUACGGAGACUGCUGUCUACAGACUUUCUCUAACAUCUCUGAGCCCCUAGUCUUUAGGUAGGUAUUUUUGUUCAAUUUUUCUUAUGUACAAUCUUUUGAAUUGAUCUAUUCAACCUUUAUUUAGCCAAGUUUGUCACUGAGAUAUGUCAUUGUUAAGUUGUCUAGUGGCUGUGUGGAGUUAGCUAGCAACAGCAACCUUCAGUCAAAUAAAAUAAAAUGUUAUUUGUCACAUGCGCCGACUAACACAGCUGAAGACCUUACCGUGAAAUGCUUACUUACAAGCCCCUAACCAACAAUUCAGUUCAAGAAAUAGAGUUAAGAAAAUAUUUACUAAAUAAACGAAUGUCAAAAAUAAUAAAAAGUAACACAAUAAAAUGACAUUAACAAGGCUAUAUACAAGGGGUACUGGUACCGAGUCAAUGUGCAGGUUAGUCAAGGUAAUUUGUAGGUAGGGGUAAAGUGACUAUGCAUAGAUAAUAAACAGUGAGUAGCAGCAGUGUAAAACCAAAGGGGGGGGGGGGGGGGGGGGGGGUAAAUGUAAAUAGUCCGGGUGGCCAUUUUAUUAAUUGUUCAGCAGUCUUAUGGCUUGGGGGUAGAAGCUGUUAAGGAGCCUUUUGGACCUAGACUUGGCGCUCCGGUACCGCUUGCCGUACGGUAGCAGAGUCUAUGACUUGGGUGACUGGAGUCUUUGGCAAUUUUUUGGGCAAUGCUCUGACACCACCUAGUAUAUACAGUAGGUCCUGGAUGGCAGGAAGCUUGGCCCCAGUGAUGUACUGGGCCAUACGCACUACCCUCUGUAGCGCCUUACAGUCGGAUGCCGAGCAGUUGCCAUACCAGGUGGUGAUGCAACCAGUCAGGAUGCUCUCGUUGGUGCAUCUGUAUAACUUUUUGAGGAUCUGGGGACCCAUGCCAAAUCUUUCCAGUCUCCUGAGAGUGAAAAGGUGUUCUCUUGCCCUCUUCACGACUGGCUUGGUGUGUUUGAACCAUAAUAGUUUGUUGGUGAUGUGGACACCAAGGAGCAUGAAACUCUCGACCCGCUCCACUACAGCCCCGUCGAUGUGAAUGGGGGCGUGUUCGGCCCUCCUUUUCCUGUAGUCCACGAUCAGCUCCUUUGUCUUGCCUACCACUGUUGUGUCAUCAUCAAACUUAAUGAUGGUGUUGGAGUCGUGCUUGGCCACGCAGUCGUGGUUUAACAGGGAGUACAGGAGGGGACUAAGCACGCAAUCCUGAGGGGCUCCCCUGUUGAGGAUCAGUGUGGCAGAUGUGUUGUUGCCUACCCUUAACACCUGGGGGCGUCCCGUCAGGAAGUUCAGGAUCCAGUUGCAGAGGGAGGUGUUUAGUCCCAGGGUCCUUAGCUUAGUGAUGAGCUUUGUGGGCACUAUGGUGUUGACCGCUGAGCUGUAGUCAAUGAACAGCAUUCUCACAUAGGUGUUCCUUUUUUCCAGGUGUGAAAGGGCAGUGUAGAGUGCGAUUGAGAUUGCGUCAUCUGUGGAUCUGUUGGGGCGGUAUGCGAAUUGGAAUGGGUCUAGGGUUUCCGGGAUGAUGGUGUUGAUGUGAGCCAUGACCAGCCUUUCAAAGCACUUCAUGGCUACUGACGUGAGUGCUACAGGGCUGUAGUCAUUUAGGCAGGUUACCUUCACUUUCUUGGGCACAGGGACUAUGGUGGUCUGCUUGAAACAUCUAGGUAUUACAGACAAACAUCAACCUAUUACAGUGAAGACACUUGCCAGUUGGUCCGCGCAUGCUCUGAGUACACUUCCUGGUAAUCCGUCUGGCCCCGCAGCGUUGUGAAUGUUGACCUGUUUAAAGGUCUUGCUCACAUCGGCUACGGAGAGCGUGAUCACACUGUCGUCCGGAACAGCUGGUGCUCUCAUGCAUGCUUCAGUGUUGCUUGCCUCAAAGCGUGCUAAAAGGCAUUUAGCUCGUCCGGUAGGCUUGCGUCACUGGGCAGCUUGCAGCUGUGUUUCCCUUUAUAGUCUGUAAUAGUUUGCAAGCCCUGCCACAUCCGACGAGUGUCAGAGCCUGUGUAGUAGGAUUACAUUUUAGUCCUGUAUUGACACUUUGCCUGUUUGAUAGUUCGUCUGAGUGCAUAGCAGGAUUUCUUAUUAGCGUCCGGAUUAGUGUCCCGCUCCUUGAAAGCAGCAGCUCUAGCCUUUAGCUCGAGCGGAUGUUGCCUAUAAUCCACGGCUUCUGGUUGGGAUAUUUACGUACGGUCGCUGUUGGGACGAUGUCGUCGAUGCACUUAUUGAUGAAGCCGGUGACUGAGGUGGUAUACUCCUCAAUGCCAUUGGAUGAAUCCCGGAACAUAUUCCAGUCUGUGCUAGCAAAACAGUCCUGUAGCGUAGCAUCUGUAUCAUCUGACCACUUCCGUAUUGAGCGAGUCACUAGUACUUCCUGCUUUAGUUUUUGCUUGUAAGCAGGAAUCAGGAGGAUAAAAUUAUGGUCAGAUUUGCCAAACGGAGGGCGAGGUAGAUCUUUGCAUGUGUCUCUGUGUGUGGAGUAAAGGUGGUCUAGAUUUUUUUCUAGUCUGGUUGCAUAUGUGACAUGCUGGUAGAAAUGAGGUAAAAUGGAUUUAAGUUUCCCUGCAUGAAAGUCCCCGGCUCGUUGAGUGCUGUCUUAGUGCCAGCAUCAGUUUGUAGUGGUAAGUUGACGGCUACGAAUAAUAUAGAUGAAAACUAUCUUGGUUGAUAGUGUGGUCUACAGCACAUCAUGAGGUCAAUGUUCAUCAAUGUCUUAGUUUGGAUAGUUUUCAUGGAUUUCAGGACAAGCACAGGAGAAUAGGAUCUCAUCCCUAACCUUUCCUGGUGUGACACUAACCCUAUAAUAAUUUGGGGGAUGCUUCUAUUUGUCCUGUAACGGAAAUGCAUUUAUUGCUCGAGUGGCGCAGUGGUCUAAGGCACUGCAUCGCAGUGCUAGCUGUGCCACUAGUGAUCCUGGUUUGAGUCCAGGCUCUGUCCCAGCCGGUCGCGACCGGGAGACCCAUGGGCGGCGCACAAUUGGUCCAGCGUCGUCCAAGGUAGGGGAGGGUUUGGCCGGCAGGGAUGUGGGUUUGUUUCCCAUGGGGGGCCAGUAUAAUAAAAAAUAAAAGGGGGCACAUCAACAGCUUUUUUCGCUUUGUCAGCACUAGGACUCGAACCAACAGCAUUUUAGUUACUGGCCCAACACUCUAACCUCAAGGCUACCUGCCACCCCUGCUACCUGGGCACACUCUGGCUGAACCCUAACCCUAGCCACAACUCCAACCUUAAUCCUACCUUUCCCUGGUCUGACCCCAGGUCAGCAUGGUGACUCUGAAACAGAGUGUGGAGGACCCAGAUGACUGCAGCUCUCCUCUGCUGCCUGACGUUGACUUCACUGAGAUAACACCUGUUACAGUUACACACAGGAGACCUAGACCUGACACCAGGGAAAUGCUACUCAGCAGGUAUGGUUCUCUCUGUGUGUGUGUGUGUGUGUGUGUGUGUGUGUGUGUGUGUGUGUGUGUGUGUGUGUGUGUGUGUGUGUGUGUGUGUGUGUGUGUGUGUGUGUGUGUGUGUGUGUGUGUGUGUGUGUGUGUGUGUGUGUGUUUUUGUCAUUCACGUAUAUCCUUUCUAUUCCAGGACUAACAACCUAGCUUUGAGUCUGGUGCUGCUGGUAGGAUGCUACUCUGCUGUCCUGGUCCCUGCUCUUAUACCUUCAGACCCUCUGUCAGGGGCUAACGACAGCCAACACACUGACAUGGUACUAAACACACACAAAUGCAUAUGAAUACAUGUAUUUGGUGGUUGUGUGUAUUAAACUGCUCUCUUGUAAUGAACUGAUUUCUCUUACUCUAGUCUGUGCUGUAGGUCUUACAAAACUCCCCCCUCUUCUCUCUCCUCCAGGUCAUACUAAACCGCUCUGCCUCCCUGCUUGUGCAGCCCUGCCAGCCAGGCCGGUGUGUGUCUCGUCUCCUCUCCCUGGACUCCUCCUCAGACCUCCAGGACAUCCCUGUGUUCCUCCAGCAGGGGGUAGCAGCAGACAGGCCUAUUCCCUGGGACCUGCCUCCUCCUCUGGGCCUCCAUGGCUGUGACGAGAGUGUGGCUAGGGCCCUGGCCUCUCUAACCCACCCCGGCCUGCCCCCAUACCUGGAGGGGAGAGGUGAGAGUGGGUGCUGUAGGAGGUGUGUUGUGGUGGGUAGCGGAGGGGUGCUACAUGGCAGCAACCUGGGAUCCCAUAUCGACCAGUAUGAUGUCAUCAUCAGGUGAGUGACCAAUCAAACAAACAAUCAAUGUAAUUGUAAAAGAAGCACAAUUUUUAAAAAUCAGAUAAUAUUUUCCAGGACCCCCUACUGUAUCACCUAGACGACAAUCUGUUUCUGAUAUUACAACCAAUCCCAUUUUUAGUUUUCCAGACGGCUAAAGUAAAUACAUCAAAGCAACCAAACUAACCUCUACAACUUCCUGGUAACUAAGGGGAUAUACUGGAUUUGAUUUUGAUUGUCUGAAGCUGUGUUUUCCUUCCUCUCCUCUCUUGCCUCCUUCCCCUCCUCUUUCUCCUUCCCCUUCACACUCCUCUCUGUCCUCUCAGGAUGAACAACGCCCCAGUGUCAGGGUUUGAGAGGGACGCAGGCUCCAGGACCACCGUCCGUCUGAUGUACCCAGAGGGAGCUCCCCUUUCCUCCAGCGAGUACAGACACACCUCCUUGGUUACACUGGUGGUCUUCAAGUGCCUGGACCUGGACUGGCUCACCUCCAUCAUCACCAAACAGCCUCUGGUGGGAAUGUGUUUACUAACUGUUUGUUUUCCUGUUUGUCUGUUUGUUUCCCUGUCAGAGACACAGUGGCUUGAGGAGUUUUAGUGCAGUUUUGCAGACAGAAAAUGACUUCCAGAGUAGCUUCUCUACGUUCUGCUGUCCAUGGACAGGGUUGGGUAGGUUACUUUCCGUUACAGUUACUACUUACCUGUCCAAGAUUUUUAUCAGUAACGUAACAUUUGGAUUACCCAAACAUAAUCUGAAUAUUUUCAGUUACUGCAUUUGGUAUGCUAUCAUAGUGGUCUCUGACAUGUUGUCAGACUCGCUUAGGUGAAACAAACCUAAAGGUCAACUGCACUUCCAGAUUUGGCCUUGUUUUUCAUCAAUGGUCAUUAAGAAAUGCUAGUGGCCAUGAGUUGGGGGUGUGGUUUGAUGUGGGUGUUUGUUGGGUGUGUCUUUGCCAUUCAAUCAAAACCUACAAGGACAGUAGCUAGCCAGUUCGAGUUUAAACAUUAUUUAAUGAAAGCUGCCAACAUGCAUCAAACAUGUCAGGUUUGCUUGAUUAUGAGCUAGCUAGCUAGCUAAUGUUAGCUAGCAGGGAUCAAAGCUGUCUUCAGGUUCAACGUUAGCUAUGCAAAUCUUCCUCUCACGUUAUACGUUAAGGAGAGGCUAUGUAUUUAGCUAGUUACAUCAAAGUAUCAUAGCCUAGUAUCCUAGUGGCAUAGCCUACCAAAGAAUGACAUGUAGCUAGCUAGCCCUUGAUCGUGACUCUCAGUUCCAUUACAUUACACAUAAGAUUCAUUGGACGAAGGCAUUUUCUGUAGGGGGAGUUUUGUUAAGAGCCCCGAUGCUCAAUCUGAACAUUGCUUGUGGUACGGUUUUGGAAGCAUAAGGUCCUUAUUUUUCAUAUCAGCAAGAAAUAAUUUUCAAAAAACAAAAGGUUAAAUUGAUACUCACCUUGAUAGGGUUAGUGUUCCCACACGGCCAUAUCUCCAGGUUACAGCGCUUGUUUACGGAUGACAAGAGGGUACCAUUAUGCAAAUUAGCUAUCUAGUAUGCUCCGCACAAAUAUGUGUAAGUGUAACUUGGGAAGUGUAGCAGAAGUGUAGUUUUGUCAGAUGGAGGCACCCAUAGCAGUAUGGAUCUGUGCAAAACUGCUACAGUAAGUGUAUUCUUUUUAUUUGAAAGAUUCUUUCUCACUGAUGAAAGAGAAGGGCCAUAUGUUUUGAAAGCCGUAUCUCAAGCAAUGAUUAUUGAUGUUUCUAAACGUUUAAACACAGCAACGGGAUUGUAGUUCACAUGAGGCAGUCGUAGGCGAAGCUAAUGUCUGAGAACUGUAGGGAGAAUGCAGAAUGCCGCCUAAAGUUUUCGAGAGCUAGCUAGCUAUAAACAAAAUGUAGCUACUUACCAAUAACACACCAGUCUCAGGUUUGACGGUUGACACCCCAAGUAGAAGCUAGUCAGAUUUAAUCCAUAUCCUGGCCAUCUGCCGAAGAUUGUUGAACAACUUUAUGGAAGCCCAUUUUCACUAGAGUAGAUAUUUCCUGAGCAAGGGCAAGUACUUAACACUGUCUGGGGAAGACUUUCCAGUGGGCGAGUUCGUUUUGCUUGACCCGGUGCCACGGGUGGGUGGGGUUUACUCAUUUUCAACCAUUCCAUUGGUCCUCUAAGGAGAGAUCUGCCCCCGCCUUUGCUGAGAUCCGGUUUUCAGGGGAAAUGGAAAUAUAGCCUGUGAAUCAACUUCCGCUUUUGGACGUUAACAAGGCGGCACUCCAUCUUAAAUCCUCCUCCACAUUUACUGGAUUGGUUGAAAAGUGCAAAAGUAAUUUUUCUUCUUGUCAAGACCAGUAUGUAGGGGAUCUAGUUUCAGGAAUUUCUUUAUUUUACACCUACUAGGUUACCACCCGGGCCAUGCAAAGCCAAAUUCUUCAGUCUCCUGAGGGGGAAUAGGCUUUGUCGUGCCCUCUUCAUGACUGUCUUGGUGUGUUUGGACCAUGAUAGUUUGUUGGUGCUCUCAACCUGUUCCACUACAGCCCCGUCGAUGAGAAUGGGGGCGUGCUCAGUCCUCUUCUUUUUCCUGUAGUCCACAAUCAUCUCCUUUGUCUUGAUCACAUUGAGGGAGAGGUUGUUAUCCUGGCAUCACACGGCCAGGUCUCUGACCUCCUCCCUAUAGGCUGUCUCAUCGAUGUCGGUGAUCAGGCCUACCACUGUUGUGUCGUCUGCAAACUUAAUGAUGGUGUUGGAGUGCUGCCUGGCCAUGCAGUCAUGGGUGUACAGGGAGUACAGGAGGGGACUGAGCAUGCACCCCUGAGGGGCCCCCUUGUUGAGGAUCAGUGUGGCAGAUGUGUUGUUACCUACCCUUACCACCUGGGGGCGGCCCGUCAGGAAGUCCAGGAUCCAGGGAGGUGUUUAGUCCCAGGGUUCUUAGCUUAGUGAUGAGCUUUGAGGGCACUAUGGUGUUUAACGCUGAGCUGUAGUCAAUGAAUAGCAUUCUCACGUAGGUGUUCCUCUUGUCCAGGUGGGAAAGGGCAGUGUGGAGUGCAAUAGAGAUUGCAUCAUCUGUGGAUCUGUUGGGGCGGUAUGCAAAUUGAAGUGGGUCUAGGGUUUCUGGGAUAAUGGUGUUGAUGUGAGCCAUGACCAGCCUUUCAAAGCACUUCAUGGCUACAGACGUGAGUGCUACGGGUCGGUAGUCAUUUAGGCAGGUUAUCUUAGUGUUCUUGGGCACAGGGACUAUGGUGGUCUGCUUGAAACAUGUUGGUAUUACAGACUCAGUCAGGAACAUGUUGAGAAUGUCGGUGAAGACACUUGCUAGUUGGUCAGCGCAUGCUCGGAGUAUGCGUCCUGGUAAUCCGUCUGGCCCUGCGGCCUUGUGAAUGUUGACCUGCUUAAAAGUCUUAUUCACAUCGGCUACGGAGAGCGUGAUCACAUAGUCAUCCGGAACAGCUGAUGCUUUCAUGCAUGCUUCAGUGUUGCUUGCCUCGAAGCGAGCAUAGAAGUGAUUUAGCUCAUCUGGUAGGCUUGUGUCACUGGGCAGCUCGCGGCUGUGCUUCCCUUUGUAGUCUGUAAUAGUUUGCAAGCCCUGCCACAUCCGACGAGCGUCGGAGCCGGUGUAGUACGAUUCAAUCUUAGUCCUUUAUUGACUCUUUGCCUGUUUGAUGGUUAGUCGGAGGGCAUAGUGGAAUUUCCGGGUUAGAGUCCCGCUCCUUGAAAGCGGAAGCUUUACCCUUUAGCUCAGUGCGGAUGUUGCCUGUAAUCCAUGGCUUCUGCUUGGGGUAUGUACAAGGCACCCCGACCUACGUCCACGAUAUCUCUGUCUCUUUCUCAUGCGAAUGACAGGGAUUUGGGCCUUGUCGGUUGUCUGUAGAAUAUCCUUCGCGUCCGACUCAUUGAAGAAAAAAAUAUUCGUCCAAUACGAGGUGAGUAAUCGCUGUCCUGAAAUCCAUAAGCUCGUUUUGGUCAUAAGAGACGGUGGCAGAAACAUUAUGUACAGAAUAAAUUACUAAUAACGUGAAAAAACAUAGAUGCACUUAUUGACGAAGCCAGUGACUGAUGUGGUGUACUCCUCAAUGCCAUCGGAAGAAUCUCGGAACAUAUUCCAGUCUGUGCUAGCAAAACAGUCCUGUAGCUUAGCAUCUGCGUCAUCUGACCACUUCCUUUUUAACCAAGUCACUGGUGCUUCCUGCUUUAGUUUUUGCUUAUAAGCAGGAAUCAGGAGGAUAGAAUUAUGGUCAGAUAUGCCAAAUAGAGGGCAAGGGAGAGCUUUGUACGCAUCUCUGUGUGUGGAGUAAAGGUGGUCUAGUGUUUUUUUCCCUCUGGUUGCACAUGUAACAUGCUGGUAGAAAUUAGGUAGAACGGAUUUAAGUUUCCCUGCAUUAAAGUCCCCGGCCACUAGGAGCGCUGCCUCUGGAUGACCGUUUUCCUGUUUGCUUAUGGCCUUGUACAGCUCAUUGAGUGCAGUCUUAGUGCCAGCAUCGGUUUGUGAUGGUAAAUAGACAGCCAAGAAAAAUAUAGAUGAAAACUCUCUUUGUAAAUAGUGUGAUCUACAGCUUAUCAUGAGAUACUCUACCUCAGGCGAGCAAAGCCUUGAGACUUCCUUAGUAUUAGAUUUCGUGCACCAGCUUUUGUUUACAAAUAUACACAGACCGCCAUCCCUUGUCUUACUGGAGUCAGCCGCUCUAUCCUGCCGAUGUAGCAUAUAUCCCGCAAGCUGUAUGUUAUCCAUGUCGUCGUUCAGCCACAACUCGGUGAAACAUAAGAUAUUACAGUUUUUAAUGUCCCAUUGGUAGGAUAUCCGUGAUCGUAGGUCGUCUGUUUUGUUUUCAAAUGAUUGUACGUUGGCUAAUAGGACUGAUGGUAGAUGCAGAGUACUCGCUUGCCGUCGGAUCCUUACAAGGCACCCUCACCUACGUCCACAAUAUCUCUGUCUCUUUCUCAUGCGAAUGACGAGGAUUUGGGCCUUGUCGGGUGUCUGUAGAAUAUCCUUCACGUCCGACUCAUUGAAGAAAAAAUCUUUGUCCAAUUUGAGGUGAGUAAUCGCUGUCCUGAUAUCAAGUAGCUCUUUUUAGUCAUAAGAGAUGGUGGCAGAAACAUUAUGUACAGAAUAAAUGACAAAUAACGUGAAAAAACACACAUGAUAGCACAAUUGGUUAGGGGGCCGUAAAACCACACCUGUGUUAAUUGUAAUCCAAACCCAAUGUCACGUUCGUUCAUAGACGGGUCAGACCAAGGCGCAGCGUGAUAUGCAUACAUGUUUAUUUUAAACGUAAUAAACAACGUCAAAACAAUAAACCAACGAAGCGUGACGUCCAAAGGUAACACACAACAAACCUCACACGGAACAAGAUCCCGCUAGUGCCAAUAGGCUGCCUAAGUAUGGUCCCCAAUCAGAGACAACGAGCGACAGCUGCCUCUGAUUGGGAACCACACCGGCCAACAUAGAUCUAGACAUACUAGAUCCUAUAACAUAGAACAGGCACAACAAGGAAUAUACACACCCUGACUCAACGUUUAAGCGUCCCCUGAGUCAGGGCGUGACAGUACCCCCCCCCAAAGGUGCGGACUCCGACCGCAAAACAUAAACAUAACAGGGUAGGGGCAGGGUGGGCAUUCCGGCUCGGGGCGUGACGACCUCUCACUCUUCGCCUCCCUGUUGCGCCCCUGGUCUGGUCUAGACCUAGGCGCAUUGCUUCCCCUCUCCUUCCUCCCACGAUACGCCAGGCCCAGUCUGGACCCUGGUGUGGGAGACCCAGAAACCUGGAGAGGGGCUGACGUCAUGGUCUGGACUGGAGCCGCUGACCGGAGCUGGACUAGGCACCGGUGGAGCGGACUGCUCUGGCUCCGGAGUGGAGCCGCUGACCGGAGCUGGAUCAGGCACCGGUGGAGCGGACUGCUCUGGCUCCGAAGUGGAGCCGUUGACCGGAGCUGGACUCGACCCCGGUGGAGCGGACUGCUCUGGCUCCGGAGUGGCGCAGCUGACCGGAGCUGGAUCAGGCACCGGCGGAGCGGACUGCUCUGGCUCCGGAGUGGAACAGCUGACCGGAACUGGAUCAGGCACCGGUGGAGCGGACUGCUCUGGCUCCGGAGUGGAGCAGCUGACCGGUGCCGGACCACGCACCGGUGGAACGGGCACGGGCCGUGCCGGACUGGACAAACGCACCACUGGUCUGGUGCGAGGAGCAGGAACAGGCCGGGCCGGGCUGGCGACGCGCACCACUGUCUUGGUGCGAGGAGCAGGAACAGGCCGGGCCGGGCUGGCGAUGCGCACCACUGGCUUGGUGCGAGGAGCAGGAACAGGCCGGGCCGGGCUGGCGACGCGCACCACUGGCUUGGUGCGAGGAGCAGGAACAGGCCGAGCUGGCGACGCGCACCACUGGCUUGGUGCGAGGAGCAGGAACAGGCCGGGCCGGACUGGCGACGCGCACCACUGGCUUGGUGCGAGGAGUAGGAACAGGCCGGACCGGCUGGCGACGCGCACCACUGGCUUGGUGCGAGGAGCAGGAACGGGCCAGACCGGGCUGGCGACGCGCACCACUGUCUUGGUGCGAGGAGCAGGAACUGGCCGGACCGGGCUGGUGACACGCACCACUGGCUUGGUGCGGGGAGCAGGAAUGGGCCGGACCGGACCGGACUGGCGACACGCACCACUUCCUUGGUGCGAGGAGCAGGACUGGGUUCCUUUAUUAACCCCCGCUCCUUCUGCUGCCUAACCAGCUCCUCUCGCCGUGCCUCUACCUUUUCCUUCUCCCUUUUAGCUUCCUGUAGCGCCUCCCUCUGACCGAAUAACUCCUGCUCCCUCUGAACCAAUAGCACUUGGUGGCCUCCUCUCCUAAUCUGCAGAUCUGCCCUGUCGCGGCCUCCUUCUGCCUCGUCGUCCACACCGUGUGCCCCCCCAAUUUUUUUUAUUGGGGUUGCCUCUCGGGUCUCUGUCGUCGGCACUCCUCUUCCCGUGAGGACUCCUCCGGGAGCCCCCACGAGUUAGGGAACAGAAACUCGUUGUCGUCGUCAUCCUCCGACUCCUCAGUAUAAUACUGUUCCCACUCCUCUUCCCAUGGUCGUGGGGACCCAAUCUGGAAACCAACCGGGUGCAGUGGUCGGGGCUCUUCUCUCUCGCUCCCCGACCACCCCUUUAGCCCCCAAACAUUUUUUGUCCAGGGUGUUCGGUCCUCCUGGGCACGCUGCUUGGUUCGUGUUUGGUGGGAUCUUCUGUCACGUUCGUUCAUAGACGGGUCAGACCAAGGCGCAGCGUGAUAUGCAUACAUGUUUAUUUUAAACUUAAUAAACAACGACAAAACAAUAAACCAACGAAACGUGAUGUCCAAAGGUAACACACAACAAACCUCACACGGAACAAGAUCCCACAACCCACUAGUGCCAAUAGGCUGCCUAAGUAUGGUCACCAAUCAGAGAAAACGAGCGACAGCUGCCUCUGAUUGGGAACCACACCGGCCAACAUAGAUCUAGACAUACUAGAUCCAAUAACAUAGAACAGGCACAACAAGGAAUAUACACACCCUGACUCAACAUAUAAGCGUCCCCUGAGUCAGGACGUGACGCCCAACUUUCAUUUAUCUGUUGUGAUGCACUAGGGUUCCAAACUCUGUUUUUGACGAGACUGACUUUAUGACCAAAAUUAUCCUAUUUGCACUUUGCAGUCAAUUUGGACACUAGAAUAAAUGUUUUUGACUUAUAUCGAUGCCACAUAGGCCAUUUUCAAAGGGAUUAGUUGGUUUUUAGGGACAGUCGUUCUUUAAACUUGCACCAUUUUUAAAUGCUGAAUUUAAUGUUAUUGAGAAAACAGAAAGGUGUCAUAAUGUAUUUUUUCCCCGGAAACAUCCUUUCUGAAUUAAAAAGUAAUCCAAGAAGUAAUAAUCUAGUUUUUCAAAAGUAUCUGUAAUCUGAUUACAAUAUUUUUGUAACUGAUUAAAUGUUUUCAGUUACUCCCCAACCCUGUCUAUGUUUGUGUUCUAGAGCUGUUUCCGAACUGGUUCUGCUUCCUGUGGUUGUGUUGUCUAGAGCUGGUGGUCCAAGCUGUGGUUCUGGAGAGACGUGGUGGAGAACAUUCCUCUGAAGCCGGAGAACAUCCAGAUACUCAACCCAGAGAUCAUGCACAAAACGGGCCUGGCACUGCAGAGAUACACGCAGCAACAGAGGAAGGUUAGUACUACUGAUACACGUAGCAACAGAGGAAGGUUAGUACUACUGAUACACACAGCAACAGAGGAAGGUUAGUACUACUGAUACACGUAGCAACAGAGGAAGGUUAGUACUACUGAUACACACAGCAACAGAGGAAGGUUAGUACUACUGAUACACGUAGCGACAGAGGAAGGUUAGUACUACUGAUACACACAGCAACAGAGGAAGGUUAGUACUACUGAUACACAUAGCAACAGAGGAAGGUUAGUACUACUGAUACACGUAGCAACAGAGGAAGAUUAGUACUACUGAUACACACAGCAACAGAGGAAGGUUAGUACUACUGAUACACACAGCAACAGAGGAAGGUUAGUACUACUGAUACACGUAGCAACAGAGGAAGGUUAGUACUACUGAUACACGUAGCAACAGAGGAAGGUUAGUACUACUGAUACACGUAGCAACAGAGGAAGGUUAGUACUACUGAUACACACAGCAACAGAGGAAGGUUAGUACUACUGAUACACGUAGCAACAGAGGAAGGUUAGUACUACUGAUACACGUAGCAACAGAGGAAGGUUAGUACUACUGAUACACACAGCAACAGAGGAAGGUUAGUACUACUGAUACACGCAGCAACAGAGGAAGGUUAGUACUACUGAUACACACAGCAACAGAGGAAGGUUAGUACUACUGAUACACGUAGCAACAGAGGAAGGUUAGUAAUACUGAUACACACAGCAACAGAUGGUUAGUACAGAAGUACUACUGAUACACACAGCAACAUAAUACUUUUAAAGGACAUACAGGUAACUGACAAAAUAAUGGAAACACUUGAGUAAAUGAGGGAUACAAAGUAUAUUGAAAGCAGGUACUUCACACAGGUGUGGUUCCUGAGUUAAUUAAGCAAUUAGCAUCCCAUCAUGCUUAGGGUCAUGUGUAAAAACGCUGGGCAGGCCAUUGUUUUUCCAUUAUUUUGGCUACCAUGGCUAUGCCUCUAUAAGAUGACAAUGAAUGGUUUGAUUAGCAUGACAAUGAUGUAAACCAUAUGCCAUGACCAUCUCAGUCACCAGAUCUCAACCCAAUUGAACACUUAUGGGAGAUUCUGGAGCGGCGCCUGAGACAGCGUUUUAACACCAAAUUAUGGAAUUUCUCAUGGAAUAGAGUCCCUCCAAUAGAGUUCCAGACACUUGUAGAAUCUAUGCCAAGGUGCAUUGAAUCUGUUAUGGCUCGUGGUGGCCCAACGCCCUAUUAAGACACUUUAUGUUGGUGUUUCCUUUAUUUUGGCAGUUACCUGCAAAUGCAUACCCAAUGGAUGAAUGCUGCAAUAAUUGAAUGGCUCUCUCUAUAUGGUUUGCUUUAACCCUUGGGUGGAAAUGUUUCUUCUUAGAUUGGUGUCGUCUGAACACGAGUUGGCCUUAAUAAACACUUAUUUACCAUCCUGUCUUCUCUCUCUAGUUGAUUCCUACGAUAGGUGCCAGUGCGGUGGUGAUGGCCCUACAGCUGUGUGAUGAGGUGAGCCUGGCAGGGUUUGGUUAUGACCUGCAGCAUCCCAGUGCCAGACUGCACUACUACGAGAGACUAUGUAUGGACGCCAUGAUGGCCCAGGUACACUAAAUAGGAGCAGUGGAGAGCGAGAACGGCAAACACUGAUUGUUUGCUGUUCCCAUAAAACGUUUGUUAGCUUGUGCUACUUGUAAGGUCCAGGUCAGAGAAGCACUUUUUAAUUAUAUAUAUUUUUCUAAUGAAAGUCUCUAAGUAUCUUCCUGUAUUGAUUGUCUUUGUCCAGGUGGUACAUGAUGUGAGCGCUGAGAAACUCUUCCUCAGAGAGCUAUUGGCUGCAGGCGUCUUGACUGACCUCACAGGGGCACUGUGACAGAGAGACAGUACCAGGGAUGGACCCAGUUCUAGCAGUUGUGGUUGGUAUGUUAACUGCCUAGCUCAAGGGCAGAACGGCAGAUUUUUCCACCUUGCCGGCUCGGGGAUUCGAACCAGUGACCUUUCUUAGCAACCCCUGGUCCCUACUAUGAUGAUUCAACCAAUCAAGGCUUAGUUGAAGAAUGUACUAUUAUUAUUAUUAUUAUUUACUAUAUUACGCACUAUAAAAAUGUAUGCACACAUUACUGUAAGUCGCUUUGGAUAAAA